AUGGCAGACGUACUAGAUAUUGAAAAUUCUGAGGAAUUUGAGGUUGACGAAGACGGCGAACAGGGAAUUGCUCGUUUGAAAGAGAAGGCGCGAAAACGCAAAGGAAGAGGUUUCGGUAGUGAAGCAGGAAGUGGUGGCGCUUCAGAAAGAGGAAAUCGAGGAAGAUAUGACAGCCUUGCUCCAGAAGGCGACGGCAAUACUCCAGGGCCUCAGAGAUCUGUAGAAGGAUGGAUCUUAUUUGUCAGCAACGUUCAUGAAGAGGCCCAGGAAGAAGACAUACAGAACCAGUUCUCAGAGUUUGGAGAAAUUAAAAACAUUCACUUAAACCUGGAUCGACGCACUGGAUUCCUCAAAGGUUAUGCGCUAGUUGAAUAUGAAACCUAUAAGCAGGCAGCUAGCGCGCGCGAAGCCCUGGACGGAGCCGACAUCCUGGGACAACCCAUUUCAGUGGACUGGUGCUUUGUCAAAGGUCCUACCAAAGGGCACAAGAAGAGGCGAUAG